AUUCCAUCCCUUUCCCACAUAGAAACAAUCUCUCCCUCUCUCCAGCAUGUUUCCCAAAGCUGCUCAUGUUUAUGGUCCAAGGUAUUCCUUUCCUCUGGUUCUAUAGCACAGAGUCAGCAUGUUAUAGAAGGCUUUUCCUGACACACCAGCCGGACCCAGAGGGGUUUUCAACAUUGGAUAACUCUGCAGAUUUGGUUCCUUCUUGUUAACCAACCAGUAUGGUUCUUGAUUGAUGGUCGGGAUUCUGAUGAGUCACUGAAAUACAUCCCAAUUUGAAAAAAAUCAAACAGGUGAAAUAUAUUCAGUCUCAAAUCUCUGCUCUCAUCUUUACAAAACUGACCUGGGUGAUUUUACAGAAUCAACAUGAAAGAUAGCUACAGUGGUUACGAGAACCAGCUUUUUAAUGAGGAGGACUUAACUGGAGAAGAAGAGGAAAUUCCUCCCUUGAGAGGAAGAGCAAGAGGAGGAUGUAUGAAAUGUCAGCAGACACAUUCUCUUCAGCUAGCUGUCAAAAUGCUCUAUGGUUUUUUAGCUUUGCUCAUCAUUGCAGUUGCCGUGUUGGCAUCCCUUGUUUUCAGAAGAGUUGAUACCUUAUCUGAAGAGGAGACAUUUUACCGCAAGCGGAUUUCAAAGGUCCAAGAGAGCCUAAAAGAUAUCAGCGCUGUAAACAACUAUUCCAACUGCUUAGAUGCUGCUCAAUACCAAGAGGAGAUUGCCAGACUGAAGAAAGAGUAUGAGGAGAUCCAGAAGAAAGUACUCAGUCAAGAGCAGCAGUUGGAAAAGGUAACUCAAUCUCAGCAAAGUCUUACGCAAUCCAGCAAUCGAAUGACUAGAGACCUCCAGUCCUUUGGAAUUAUCAUCAAGCGGAUAAACCAGUCUCUGGGCCAGUACCUGGAUCAGGUAACUGGCUGGCAGGUUGUCAUCAAUGAAACAGAUCAAGGCAUGAAAACCCUUUCUGAGGAUCAAUAUGAUUUGAAGGCCACAAUGCAACAAGUCAACACUACUGUCGCCCUUAGUGCGUUGUGGAUAGGUGCUCUUCAGAGGAAGGCAGAAGAGGAGACCUUGGUCCUUCAAAAAAUUACAGCAGACUGGCAGAACUACAGCAGAGUUUUAAGUGGCCUAAAGUCCAAUGCCAGCAUAACCAUGCAGACCGUGAGGGCUGUUCAGAAUGGUGUCUCUGCCACUCAUCAGCGUAUCAGCAUGAGUUCAGAGAUGGUGCAUGACCUCACUCUGCAAGUCAUGAACCUUCAGAUGCAACUAGACAAUGUCUCGUCUUACAUUGAUGAACAUGAGGAGAACAUGCACGACCACCAGUACCAUGCCAAGUACUACGAGAACCGGACCGGGGACCGAUUUGUGACUUUGGAUGCAAGAAUGAAGUCCACUGAAAUGGAGAUCGACACACUAUCUUCCAGCUUCAAAGCAACCGUUAACCAUGUUCGGAGCAUGUACCAAUACAUCAACCAAGAGAGUUCUUCUUGCCAGUCCAGGCUGAAUAGUCACACAGAAGAUUUGCAGAACCUGAACAACACAGUCUUGCUUCUCCUUCACCUCGCUGACACUCUGAGGAUGCAGUACAUGAUGCUGAAUGUACGCCUCGAUGCUGAUGUGAGAAACCUAUCAAUGGUGGUUGAGGAGAUGAAGCUGGUAGACACCAGUCAUGAAAAGCUGAUCCAGAACUUCACUAUUCUGAAAGGUGUGCCUGGUCAACCAGGUCCAAAAGGAAACAGGGGAGAAACCGGAGCCAAAGGACCUGUAGGAUUAACAGGACCAAAAGGUGACAGAGGACUUGCAGGGAAUCGUGGACCUCAAGGACUUAAGGGCGCUAUGGGAAUAAAGGGUGAUCAAGGUGUACAAGGAUCUUCAGGAAUGAGAGGUGGGCCAGGACUUAAAGGAGAAAAAGGGUCUUUAGGGCCACCAGGUCCUCGUGGUGAAAAGGGACAGAAGGGUGAUAUGGGGGCUCCUGGGAAGGAUGGAAUUCCUGGCCCAAAAGGACCGACAGGUAUCCGAGGGCAAGCUGGACUCCCAGGGGUACAUGGACCUCCUGGACCAAAAGGAGUAGAAGGCCCUAUGGGACCACAGGGGCCAAGAGGAAUACCUGGACCACCAGGGAAGCCUGCUCAGGGUUCAUAAGUGGAUAGACAUAAAACUUUGUGAUGCACUGAUUGACUUUCUGGACAGACUGAUGAUGCUGGUAAACUUCCACUUGGGGAUCUCUUUCAAAGCAAGAUGACAGUAGGGCCAUAGAGCCCCCCAUGUACAUUGCCCAAAUAUGGAGUUUGCUCUGAACAACAAUACACUUUGUAUAGGCAUAUUCAACUUUCUUGGAUAGUCCUCAAGCCUAAUUCUAUACAGGAUAUUGAGCCACUUCACACCAGUUCUUGUUUUAACAAUGUUACAGAGCCAGACUCCUAUGAAACCAUUAUUUGUACUAGGUACCAUUCAUUAGACUCAUUAGCCAGCAUUAACAUAUGAACUAUUUAGUAGUGCAUUAUUUGCAUCAUAAUCACAGAACAUUCAGAGCUGGUACUCUGAAACAUGUUUUUUUAUAAGUUCAAGUAAACCAAAUAUUUCCACUCGUCAAAGGUACCCUAGGUUCAAGUUGAUGGAACAUUGUGCGAAAAAUUACACAUUAUUUUACAGUUGCAUGAAAUUGCAAAAACAAGGCACUGAGCAAAUUUACAGAACUGUUACAAACUGUACAGACAAAUUUAUAUCAAUGAUUGGCAAUGUGCAGCAUUAAGUUUUCAUGUUCAAAUUGGUUUGAUUUCCCAAUUUGUAAAUAUAGAAUUUUAACAGGUAUAAUUUUAUGUGGUUAAUGUGUUUUGAGGACUUCAUGAUGUGUUAGCAUACAGUUUAUUCUCUUUGCACAACAAUAAAGGGUUAUAUGAAUGUAAAAAGGGGACAUUUUUGUUUAGCAUUUUCGAGUUCAUUGAGCAAAUACAGUAUUUAUGAUUAAUAUUUCAUAAUAAAAUCAUGAACCAAAUUUAAAAUAUAUAUUACCUGAUUAGCUAUCUACUCAGAAAGCACAAAAUGUUUUGUAACACUGCGCAAUGUUGCAUUUUUGUUGUUGCUAAGUCAUGUUGCUGUAACGUUUUAAAAAGUGAACCAAAAACAAAAUGUGCAAUUUGCAGAUUUGAAUUAUAAAAUUACUGAAAUAUUGAAAAGUGCUAGUACUAAACUACAAUGUUGUUUUAUUUUACCAAAAUAAAUAAUUUUGGAAACGUAGUACAGGUAGGUUUCUCUACAAGUAAAUGCAAAACAACAGAAAUAUAAUUCCAAACUGCAUCAUUUGUUUUAUUUCAUUAUUCUACUAUAUUGAUCUACAUGAUCAAGAGUCAAUCUAGUGACAUAACCAAUGCUAGCAAGUCUUGAUUAGCAUAUCACAUAAUGACAUUUACAGUAUGUAUAAAUGAGUUGUUUUGUCAUAGCUAGUGUUAACUUUUCUUAUUGAAAAGUGACUGUAAGUUACAAUCAGGAAACAAACCAUUAAAAUUAGAUGACUGACAUUUAAAUGU